AUGCGCAACUUGCGCAACAUCCGAUUCAGCGCUUGGGAGCAGCAGCAAGAUGUCGACCCCUCGGCGGUGACCGCCUGCUGCUGGGACCCCGCCAAAGACGAGCUUCUCUGCGCGACUGGGCCGACGGAGGCGAAAGCCACCAUUGAGCUGGUGAGGCUGUCGGACCACCACCAGCAACAGCAAAUUAAAUCACACACAGUCACAAGUUGGGAUGCGCCGAGUCCCAGCCCAGACCUGCCCGCGGACAGGGUCGUCAGCAUCCAUCACUUCAGCGACACUCUCACCACCUGCGUGAUACUCGAAGGUGGUGAUAUUGUGACCAUCCAGGAAGAUGAUGACAGCACCGACGUCCAGAUCGAGAUCGUAGGGUCCAUCGACGCCGGCAUCGCCGCCGCGCGGUGGUCCCCGGACGAGGAGCUCCUCGUCGUCGUCACCAAGGAAGGCAACGCCGUCUUCAUGGGCCGGACCUUUGACCCCAUCGCCGACGUGGUCAUGACGGCCGACGACCUCAAACUCUCCAAGCACGUGUCCGUCGGCUGGGGAAAGAAGGAGACGCAAUUUCAGGGUAAAGGCGCCAAGGCGAUGCGCGACCCGACGAUCCCCGAAAAGGUCGACGAGGGCCUGCCGAGCGUCAACGAGGACGGGUCCGCGGCCGUCAGCUGGCGUGGCGACGGCGCGUACGUCGCCGUCAACUCUGUCGCUGGCGGCGCGAGGCGGGUCGUGAGGGUGUACUCGCGUGAGGGCGUGCUCGACAGCGUCAGCGAGCCCGUGGACCACCUCGAGGGCGGAUUGAGCUGGAGGCCGUCGGGAAAUUUGAUUGCAGGUAUCCAGAGGUUCGAGGACCGGACCGACGUCGUCUUCUUUGAGAGGAACGGGCUGCGUCAUGGGCAAUUUACGCUGCGGUGCGCCGAUGGGCCCCUGAGCGCGCACGAGAAGAUCCGGUUGGAGUGGAACUCGGAUUCGACAGUCUUGGCUGUGAUUCUUCGUGACAGGAUACAACUGUGGACGACGGGCAACUAUCACUGGUAUCUCAAGCAGGAGAUCCCACUGGCGUCUGCGUUUGCUGGUUUGGCGUGGCAUCCCGAGAAGCCGCUGCGUUUCGUCUCCGCAACCACAACUAUUGUGAACGUGGCCGAGUACAUAUUCACUGUCUCCCGCGGAUCCCUCAGCCCUCCUCAUGACUACGGAGCCGUCGCCGUCAUCGACGGGCAGACUCUCAAGCUCACGCCCUUCCGGACGGCUCAGGUACCCCCGCCCAUGGCCCUCUUCGAGCUCGAGUUCCCCAGCAGUGUUCUGGAUAUCGUCUUUGACCCGAGCAACAAGCUCAUGGCGGUGUUGCACCGAAAGGGCUUGGACGUCUAUGAAUGGCAAACGAAGGGGGAGCGGUCAGUCAAGCCCACGCCCAUGGCCAAGCUUGAGUUCGAGACGGAUACCCAUACCCGUGUGCCUUUGCAGGUUGCCUUCUCCGGCGCCGCAGAGUGCCGCGUCCUUGUCUCCGACGGAGGUCUGAAGCUCGAGGGCUACACGAUCGAAGCAGGCUCCAUCAAGGCUUCAGGGGCUGUUCAACUUAGACCGACGGAGACUAUCUCGUCGCUGUUCAGCCGCGAGGGAGACUCCGGUACUGAAGCCUGUGCCCAAGACCGCUCUGGAAAGCUGUAUUCGGUAGCUGGUACCCAAGCCCCUGAGCUGCUGUUGGGAACACAGCUGUCGAUGCAGCUGCCGUGGUGCGAGCUGCACAAUAUCAAUGGGCGCAGUGUAGGGAUUGGAAUGACGAGGAACGGCCACCUCUAUGCAAACUCGAAGCAGUUGGCGAAGAACUGUACCUCUUUUGUCGUCACCCCUGCGCACAUCAUUUUCACGACCAAUAACCACCUUGUUAAGUUUGUGCAUCUGGUAGACCCUGAAGAGAUGGAGGUUCCUGGAGAUGAUCCAGAGAUCGACGAGAGAUGCCGAAGCAUCGAGCGAGGCGCCCGCCUCGUGACAGCCACGCCGACCAACAUGAACUUGGUCCUCCAGAUGCCGAGAGGUAACCUAGAGACCAUUUUCCCCCGCGCCAUGGUUGUUGCGGGCAUCAGGCAGCUCGUCGACGAGAAGAACUACGGCAGGGCCUUCGCCUUUUGCCGUACGCAGAGGGUGGAUAUGAACAUCCUUUACGACCACCAGCCAAGCCAGUUCUUGUCCAAUGUCGGCCUCUUCCUUGACCAGCUUAAGGAUAUUUCCUACAUUGAUCUGUUCCUGUCAUCUCUCAGGGACGAGGACGUCACGCAGACAAUGUACAAGGACACAAAGCGCUCCGCAAGAUCAUUCGAGCCCUCAACAGAGACGCCAGCACCAGCCGACGCCUCCCCAAAGUCCAAGGUCAAUAAGAUCUGCGACGCCAUCCUCAAGAGCCUCCAGGCCAAAAAGAGCACGAACCUGCAAAACAUCAUCACCGCGCACGUCUGCAAGGUCCCGCCCGCCCUCGAAGACGGCCUCACCCUCGUCGCGGAACUCAUGCAGGAGGACGAGAAACUCGCCGAAAAGGCCGUCGAGCACAUCUGCUUCCUCGUCGACGUCAACCGCCUCUACGACAACGCCCUCGGCCUGUACAACCUCGACCUCGCCCUGCUCGUCGCCCAGCAGUCUCAGCGCGAUCCGAGGGAGUACCUCCCCUUCAUCCAGAACCUGCACAACCUCCCCGACCUACGCCGCAAGUUCGAGAUUGACGACCACCUCGACCGCAGAGCAAAGGCCUUGCUGCACCUCAAGGCCCUCGACGCCUUUGACGAGCUAUGCAGGUACACCACCAAGCACGCGCUCUACCAGGACGCCCUCGGCCUCUACCGCUACGACCAGGCGCGCCACCAGACCCUCACGGGGCUGUACGCGAGCUACCUCGAAUCGAACUCAAAGUACCGCGACGCCGGCCUCGCCUACGAGACGCUGCAGAACUUCGCCAAAGCCACCAGCUGCUACCGCGCAGCCGGCGUGACAUGCUGGCGCGAGUCCCUCUUCGCAGCACAACAGCAGUCCCCGCCGCCGUCGGAAGAAGCCCUCGCGGAACUCGCCUCGUCCCUGGCUGACGCCCUCUGGGAAGGCAAAGAAUACGCCGCCGCGGCCACCAUCCACGCAGACUACCUCGCCUCCCUCGAGACGGCCGUCAAGUGUCUCUGCAAGGGCUACCACUUCGCCGAGGCCCUCCGCCUCAUCGCCCGCGAGCGCCGCGCAGACUUGUUACCGACCGUCUUCGACAACGGCCUUGUCGAGGCCCUGAGCAGCAGCACCGAGUUCCUCGCCGACUGCAAAGCCCAGCUUCUGGCGCAGGUCCCCCGCAUCGCGGAGCUCCGCCGCAAAGCGGCCGAGGACCCGCUCGCGUUCUACGAGGGGGAGCGACCCGGCGGCACGGGCGUCGACAUCCCGGACGACGUCUCCGUCGCUACCUCACGUGUGAGUACCUCGGCGAGUCUGUUCACGCGGUACACGGGUAAAGACGGGAGUAUCGGGACAACUGGCACGGGCGUGUCGCGCGCGACGUCCAAGAACCGCAAGCGCGAGGAGAAGAAGCGCGCGCGUGGAAGGAAGGGAACGGUCUACGAGGAGGAGUACCUCGUCAACAGCGUCCGGCGACUUGUCGAGCGCGUCGAGGGCGGUGCCAAGGACGAGGUCGGAAGGCUGGUGUUUGCGCUUGUGAGAAGGGGUAUGACGGAGCGCGCGAGGGCUGUCGAGGUUCUCGUGGCCGAGGUCGUUGAAGGGUGUAAGGCUGCUGUGCGCGAGGUGUUUGCCGUCAAGGAGACCGAGCAGGAGGGUGGUGUUGUUGUCGGGCUUGACGGGGAGACGUACCUUGCUUCUGGCGGGGAUGCCGUGUUCCAGGAGCACCUUGAGGCGAGGACGAAGAAGAUGGAGCCGCCUGCGCUGAGUGCCUUUCAGAAGUUGACAUUGCUGGGGUCAUGA